AUGUCUUCAUUUUUCGGAUGGUUUUCCCUUAACAAAGACUCAUCGGUGGAGAUUUUGAGAAAAACUCCCCAAUAUACACCAAUCGAGAUUGUGAAAACUGGGACACACCACAAAGAAAUUCUUUGUAAUGAGAAAUUCAAUUUCGAAAGAGCCAUCGCGAAGGUUUUCCACGGCAAGGCAGGGAAGAAGGAGUAUACAAAGGAGCUUGAGCUCCUUACUAAUUUGCAACACAAGAAUAUUAUCAACUUUCUCUCACAAAGCACUGUCGAUGGCUAUCACAUUCUGGUGUUUCGCAAUUUGAUGAAAAUCUCCGAAAGGAUCGAGAUGCGCAUCCUGUUUCCUCCGGGAUCUGUGCAAAGCCUCUUCAAGGACCUGCUCACUGGGUUGCAAUUUCUUCACGGAAAGAAUUACUGUCAUAGACUCAUAAUGCCAGAGAAUCUUCUGUACACCGGGAAUGGCGUUCUCAAGAUUACCGGACUUUCAAAUGUAUCUCCCAUAAAAGACAGCAAGAAUAGGGAAAUACUAUUGAAUGGACUUAUCGGUGAAGGAAUGUACUCGGCACCGGAAUGCUUCUCUGAAGUCUCAUAUUCGGGUACUGAAGCAGACAUUUAUUCAGCUGGCCUGACUUUAUAUGCUAUGAUAGUCCUGUACAAUCCAUUGCCAACUGAUCAACCAUUGCACAAGAGAGUCCUUGAGGUUAUUCAAGAUGCGAGAAAAAUUGAUGCGCUCGGCACAAAUGUCCUCGUUGACACCAUUUUACACGACCCGAGCCUGCGAAAACCCAUUUCUAUCCUAUUGAAAUAUAGAUUUCUAACUACUCGUUUGCAGUCAGCUAUGCCGGAAUUAUUACAAAAGAAAAAAUUCAUUUAG